GUUAUGGUUUCGGCAUGGGAGGGGGUGGUGGUGGCGGCAGUGGAGCCGACCUCCGUGUGUCGGCCAAGGAGAAGGCCACAAUGCAGAACCUGAACGACCGCCUGUCCACCUACUUGGAGAAGGUGCCCUCGCUGGAGGUGGCCAACGGCGAGCUGGAGCUGAAGAUCAGUCAGUUCCUGGAGCGCAAGGCGUCCCCCAGCGCUCGUGACUACUCUGGCUUCUACGCCACCCUGCAGCACAAGGUACGUGACAUGUGUCCUAGAUGGCAAGAGCACUCAAUGAUGACGUCACAGCAUGUCAAAACAUGGUAAUGUCUGCAUUGCGACAAUGUUAUGCUUCAUUAGAGAGUACAGGUACAUGGUGUACACAUGCUAUAAGAUUGUUUUCCAACAAGUUACUAAUAGUGACAUGAAUAUGAAUAUUGGACAAUGAAAAAUGAUAUACAUUUGUUAUAAUUGAUUCAACCAAGAUGUUGCACAAAAGAUAGAUGCAAAUACAGUAUGUAUACUUGCAGCUGAAGCAUUAAAAAUAUAGCAGAUCAUUGAAGCCUAUCCUUCCUGUCUGUUAAGAACCCUAGGCGAUUGCGAAAGGUGCAAUUUGUUCCUUUGUGUCAUGCUUUACAAUGUUCACAAAGAAAACAGGUUCCCUGUAAUGCUUCAAUGAGCUAUAAUUUACAGAGCAACUGAAACUCAGAACUCAAUGAUUGCAGUGUGUUAUGACAGUUGUGCGUACUGCAUUAGUGUGACAUUCCAAGCAUGCCCCAUCCUGAAAUGUUUUCCAUCCUCUACCUCUCAGAUCCAGGCUGCCACUCGUGUAAAUGGAGGUAUCUACAGUUGAGGUCGGAAGUUUACAUACACUUAGGUUGGAGUCAUUAAAACUUGU